AUCUGUCCAAAGUCCUUAAUAUUGUCUAGAUCUUGCCCAGCAAGUGCCACAACCAGGCUAGUUGAGCAGAAUUUACACAAUGAAGCAGCUCAGGGAAUAAAUGGAAGUGUGCCAGUCAAACAGUCCCCACGUUCAGCUUCAAAUCCAAAGCCACAAGUGCCUCCAAAGCCAAUUCAUCUGCAGAAGGCAUCACCUGUCACAUACCAAACCCCUAGGCAAAAAGCUUUAUCAAAUCAGAAACCAAGAAUGGAGGAAGACACACCCACCCCUCUUUCUGGUGUCUCAAAGGAGAAGUCCAGCAAAGUGUCAGAUCUCAUCAAUCGAUUUGAGGGAGGCAGCACAUUAAAUCCAAGUGAAUUGAAGAAAGAUUCCUCUGUUCUCCACAUUUCUAAAUCUCAAGGAAGAUAUGGAUCAACACCAUCACCUCAGCCAAAACUCCCCUCCCAGCACCCACUACAAAAACAGGGAAACAGUAAUACCGACGACACUCAGGUUGCACAGCUACACACAGCCAAUGGAGUAGUAGCACAAGACCAGACAGAAGAUGAGGACAGGAGAUUGCUUGAUCGUGACUCUGCUGUGUCCACCCAGGUUCCAGAUAAUGCCAUCAACAACAGCUUGAUAAAUGGGGAAAGUGAAAGUACUGCCAGAGAGUCAUUGCAAAGUGUGACUGCCUGUGAUGAACAGAUGCUCAGCAGCUGCUACAGGACUCCAAGCAGUCAUAAACUGAUCCCAUCUGAAAACGAAACUCUAGAAAUUAAUACUAACGUGAAGGAAGGACCAACUGAGGAAAUCAGUAAACAAGAUCAACCUGUAGAAAUAAAGGUGUUCUACUCCAGACUCCUUGAGGAAGCCAACAGAGGUUCAUUUCCAGCUGAAGUGGUUAACAAAAUCUUCUCUAAUAUUUCAUCGAUAAAUGCCUUCCACAGUAAAUUCUUACUUCCAGAACUUGAGAAAAGAAUGCAAGAGUGGACUACCACCCCCAGAAUUGGAGAUAUUCUGCAAAAGUUAGCUCCUUUCCUCAAGAUGUAUGGAGAGUAUGUGAAGAAUUUUGAUAACGCAAUGGAAUUGGUGAAAACGUGGACUGAACGGUCACCUCAAUUCAAAUUCAUUAUUCAAGACAUUCAGAAGGAAAAAGUAUGUGGAAAUUUGACAUUGCAACAUCACAUGCUAGAACCUGUGCAACGCAUUCCACGCUACGAGAUGCUUCUAAAGGACUACCUAAGGAAAUUGCCUCAGGAUUCUCUAGACUGGAAAGAUGCUGAAAAAUCCCUGGAAAUUAUAUCCACCGCAGCAAGUCACUCGAAUAGUGCAAUAAGAAAAAUGGAGAAUCUAAAGAAAUUGUUAGAGAUAUAUGAGAUGCUGGGAGAAGAGGAAGACAUCGUGAACCCUUCAAAUGAACUGAUAAAAGAAGGACAGAUCCUUAAACUCGCUGCUCGCAAUACAUCUGCUCAAGAACGGUAUCUUUUCCUAUUUAACAAUAUGUUGCUCUACUGCGUCCCCAAAUUCAGCUUGGUAGGAUCAAAGUUCUCAGUUCGAACCAGAGUCGGCAUAGAUGGCAUGAAGAUUAUAGAAACUCAUAAUGAAGAAUAUCCGCACACUUUUCAAGUGUCUGGAAAAGAGAGAACACUGGAGUUGCAGGCCAGUUCUGAACAAGAUAAAGAAGAAUGGAUAAAGGCACUUCAGAAUACUAUAGAAGCUUUUCAGCAGAGGAAUGAAACUUUCAGAAAUGCUAUUGCUAAAGAAUAUGAAGACAUGCCUGUUGAAGUUUCUAAUGCUGAGCUUGGGAAGAGAGCACCGAGGUGGAUACGAGACAACGAAGUAACCAUGUGCAUGAAAUGCAAGGAGCCCUUUAACGCACUGACAAGGAGAAGGCACCACUGCCGAGCAUGUGGGCAUGUGGUUUGCUGGAAAUGUUCUGACUACAAGGCACAUCUCGAAUAUGAUGGCAAUAAAUUGAACAAAGUCUGUAAGGACUGCUACCAUGUUAUAAUAGGUUGUACAGACAGUGAAGAAAAGAAGAGGAAAGGCAUCUUGGAGAUUGAAUCUGCAGAAGUCUCUGGAAAUAGCGUCAUAUGUAGCUUUCUUCAGUACAUGGAAAAAUCAAAGCCCUGGCAGAAAGCAUGGUGUGUUAUACCUAAACAAGAAGCUCUUGUGCUGUACAUGUAUGGUGCUCCACAGGAUGUUAAGGCUCUGGCUACAAUUCCACUUCUGGGCUAUACAGUAGAUGACACUCCAAGAAGUGCUGACCUCCCACAUAGCUUCAAACUGACCCAGUCUAAGUCUGUGCACAGCUUUGCUGCGGACAAUGAGGAACUAAAACAGAAAUGGCUAAAAGUUAUCCAUUUAGCUGUCAAAGGUGAGACACCAGAAUGUCAAAAUGAAGUGCCGGUGAAUUUAGAAGAGCAACCUGAAUCUUCUAAAACAUCUGAAUGAUGAAGCUCAAGAACACAGGGCAUUUUUAAAAUAUUUCAACUGAAUUUGUGGUUAAC